CAAACGAAAUCAAUCAUUAUCACCCCAACCAAAAGGGUCAUGGGCCAGAUUAUGGGCAAGAUCAUGUGACAAUGAUCAUCAAACCUCUAAUCAGAGUCAACCACAGAAUAAUCAACCACAUAAUGAUCAGACCAAAUCAUAUAAUGAUCAUCAUGAUCAUA